AUGGAUGACAAGGAAGGCCAAACGAAGCCUACUGCGGCCCGGAUAACGACAACGGAGCCCAGGUUCAAAUUUCCUGAUUGGAUGGUCUGGUACAAGAAGCCCGAAUACAGGGAUUUUCGAGAGUAUGCUACAGCCAUUCGGACCGGAAAGCGACCUCUGAGUAGGGACGGUCGGGACAAGAGCCCCAUUCCCGCGCGGUUGAGUCUGGAAAAGGUGUUGGCCAACGAGACCUGCUCGCCAAUGUCCCUGUAUGACUUUUAUAUGUAUCUCAAGUACAUUGAGUUCUCUCCCGAGAACCUAGAGUUUUUCGUCUGGUUCCGAAACUAUGAAGCCAUUUACGCCAAGACAGGCAGUCUCAAGGACUUUCCUGUUGGCAAGAAGGAUCCCGACGCAGAAUCAUCGCGAGACAGCGUAACGGAGAGCACUAUAGGCUCCAUCCACAAGCUUCCGUCCAUCAAGAUGUCCGAGUUCGAAUGCGAUCCCGAAGCAGCCAACGAGACUAUGUCCCACAUUGUGCAGCUCAUUGCCCCCGAAGCCGCUUGCAGGCCAAACAGCAAGUGUGCUCCGACCGGCCGUGAUCGUAUCAAGUCUUGGGCCAACGCUUGCGCGAAGCCAGCGUGCUCAAACACCGUCGCUACCGUCAUUCCCGCUCGUAUCGCCCCAAACUCAGCGUACCGUGUCGAGCUCAAUGCAGUAGUCAAGACUUUCCUUCUGCCUGACUCCGAGAAGGAGCUCAACAUCCCCCCUGCCAUGCGUGACCAGGCGCUUCUCGACCUCCAGCACUCCUCUGAUCCCGCCCACCUUCGUCCCAUUGCCGACCAUGUCUACGGCCUGCUCAAGAACUGCUCUCACCGAAACUUCGUUAGACUCGGCGUCUCCAACGGCACCUUUGAGACUCUUUGCAUGGCUACCAGCGUGGGCAUCGCUCUCACCAUCGGUGGUUUCCUUUGCGUGAUUCUCAGAGCGUUCGUGCCAUUCAUGGGCGCCCACAGCCGUUAUAACGCUUUCGCACCUUGGCCCAUGUGGUUCGUUGGUAUGUCUCUUAUCCUCUCGGGAUUGAGGGGCAGCUGCUUCUUCCUGUUGCUGUUCACGAGACGCCAGCCACUACCAUGGGAACGUUUCGAUGACAGCGAAUCUCUAUUGUCGCAACGGACUGGGCUUAUGAAGUUUUUGUCUCGUAUGAUGAUCUUUGAUCGUAAGAUUCGCGUCAAGGACGUUCAUCUCAGGAGGUUGCAACACAAGAUUGUUCUGCAGGCUAUGCUUGGUGGUGCCAUCUUCGCAUGUCUAUGCUGCUUGCUAUUCGUCUUGUUGCCGGUCUGGUCACAGUCUUCACUUUCUGAGGUCUGA